CGCCGGUUGCCCCGCGUCCGUCCGCAGGAAAAACCAAAAGGCACCAAGCAAAGCAAAGCAAGCCGCGCAGCAAGAUUCCUCGCCUCCUCCAGGUUGGGCCUUUCUCUUGUAGCAGUCACCGUCUGGUACCAGCUGGGGCGGGCGGGCGGACUGACGGGCGAGGGGAUGGGCGAUGAUGCCCGAGGCGGCGGUGGCGGGGCGGCCGCCGAGCCGCUGCUGAAGAGGGCGCGGUGCCGACCCAACUGCCCCGGGUGCAGGGUGGACAGGAGGAAGGAGGAGAGGGAGGGGCUCCCCGUCACGGAGCUCUGCUGCAUGUGGCUCGUCACCAUCUGCUCCUCGUUGCCUAUACAGUACGUGUUUCCCUUCUUGUAUUUUAUGAUAAGAGACCUGAACAUUGCUAAAGAAGAAGAAGAUAUUGGAUUUUAUGCUGGUUUUGUUGGUGCUUCAUAUAUGCUUGGGAGAGCACUCACCUCUGUAAUAUGGGGAGUUGUGGCUGAUAAGUAUGGGAGGAAACCAGUUCUUCUAAUUACCCUUUUUUCAGUAAUUAUCUUCAAUACACUCUUUGGACUCAGCUCUAGUUACUGGAUGGCAUUAACCACAAGAGGUCUGCUUGGGCUGUUGUCUGGUAUGCUUGGACCAAUGAAGGCUUAUGCUUCAGAAGUAUGUCGGAAAGAACACAGUCACUUGGCAUUAUCACUCAUGUCCUCCUCACGUGGCAUAGGUCUUAUUGUUGGACCAGCCAUUGGUGGUUAUCUUGCACAGCCUGCAGAUAAAUAUCCAGGCAUAUUCUCUGUCAACUCCAUAUUUGGAAGGUUUCCGUACUUUCUCCCUUGUCUUUGUAUAUCACUCCUUGCCAUUGCCGCUGUAAUUGCUUGCUUCUGGCUUCCGGAAACUUUGCAUAAACACACUGAAGACACAAUGUUAAAUAGUUCGACUGAAGCUGUUGAAGAACCUUGUUCUGAUUUAAAUGCUGAACAAAGUGGUAGUGGCUGUCUCAGUUUAUUCACAAACUGGCCACUGAUGUCCACUAUCACUGUAUACUGCAUUUUCUCUCUCCAGGACAUGGCUUAUGCAGAGGUAUUUUCGCUUUGGGCUGUCAGUGACAGAAAAUACGGUGGACUAAGCUUUUCUUCUCAAGAUGUGGGUAGGGUCCUUUCAAUCUCAGGUCUCUUACUCCUAAUAUAUCAAAUUUUGAUCUAUCCAUUGGUUGCAAACUCUGUAGACCCCAUCACAUUAGUCCGUGCAAUUGCGCUAUUGACAAUACCACUUCUUUCGAGCUAUCCAUUCAUGCCUGCAUUAUCAGGGUCCAUUCUUCAGUUGGCACUAAAUUGUGCGUCUUUUCUGAAGAACUCUUUCUCAGUAACUACCAUGACUGUGUUCAACAUUUUAAUGAAUGAUGCUGUGAGUCAGGACCUAAGAGCCUCAGCCAAUGGCCUUUCUGUGACACUAAUGUCCAUCUUUAAAACUAUCGCUCCAGCUGUUGCAGGAGUUAUAUUCUCAUGGGCUCAGAGGCGUCAAAUAGCUCCAUUUCUUCCAGGCGACCACUUGGUGUUCUUUAUGCUGAAUGUGUUCACGGUUAUCGGUCUUAUGCUCACCUUCAGACCGUUCUACGCUAGAAAUGGCACGUCGAAUCAUUAAUGUAGUGACACCAUACAUUAGGACCUGGACAAGGACCAAGAUCUAACAGUUUGGCUCUUCGCUAUUUUAGCGGCACGAUCUUCCAUAUUACGGGUUCUUUCUUGAAGUGCCUACACUUCAUUAGUUACCAACAAUUUUCGUGGUCAGUUGACCAAGUAGGUUAUCAUGAGACUUUAAGAUAUUGGUAAAGGUUUUGCUCUACUCGGUUUGAGCGGUCAUAAAAGCGUCGAGGGUCUCUUCAACUGAAGGUCUAUUACCUGUGCUUGCCCUAUAAUUAUUUGAUGCUCCUUGGUUGGUUGGUUAUGGUGGUUUAGGAUAAUUAUUUGAAGCAUAAUUUUGGUUCCUCAAAUUGAGGUUGUAAUUAUUAUGAGCUAUGAGGAUAACAUUUACCUCUUCUUUA